AUGCGGAUCCAUCUCUCCUUUACCUUCUUGGAUCCGACUUACGCCUUUAACACGGUGAGUCACGAAGGACUGUGGAAAAGCAUGCAGAAAAUCGGCUGUCCCGAGAAAUUCACUCAGAUGGUGCGUCAGCUACAUGACGGCAUGAUGGCUCGCGUCACGGACAACGGAGCUUUCUCAGAGGCAUUCGAAGUGACCAACGGGGUGAAGCUGGGCUGCGUUCUCGCGCCCACCUUCGUCUGUCUCAUGAUCUCUGUCGUGCUGAUGGACGCCUGCCUUGACAAACGCCCCGGGAUCCGCACCGCCUACAGGAUGGACGACCACCUCACAAAUCGGCGGCAGAUGCACUUGCAUUUGCGUGUGCCCAUAAUUUUCGUCCACGAGCUUCUGUUCGUCGAUGACUGCGUCCUUGAUUCAACUACUGAAGGAGACGUGCAAAGGAGCAUGGACCUCUUCGCCGCCGCCUGCGGCAACUUCGGCCUGGUCAUUAGCGCGGAGAAAACGGUGUUUAUGCACCAGCCGCCACUCAAUGCUGCGUAG